AGUGUUUUCAAUGAUAUUGCCCAUGGGGAAAUUAAGCUAGUACUCAUAAUACGUAAUGAUCUCGGUAUGAGCAGGGGAAAAGCUGCCGCACAGUGCUGUCAUGCUACUCUCUCUUGCUAUAAUCAUGCUCUAAAGGCUACUCCUGCAAUUGUCAAGCGCUGGGAAUCACAGGGACAACGUAAGAUUACGUUAAAAGUUGAAUCGGAAGAUGAGCUGUUUGUUAAUUUUUAUUCAUUUCCCCUUAGGAUUGCCUUAAGUACUCUAGCUACUUCUAAACAUCUUUUAAACUGUAUAAUUCACGAUGCCGGUAGGACUCAAGUUCCGCAGGGCACUGCAACCGUUCUCGGGAUUGGGCCUGCAAGCACGAAAGACAUAGAUGAGGUGUCAGGUCACCUCAAAUUAUAUUAA